GCGGCCUCCACGGAUCGUAGUUCAAGUUCUUACCAACAACACUUGCCAGGCUGGAUUGCACAAAGCGCUUCAACCGCAGAUCUGCCGCACACCCUGCGCUCCCUGUGGCGGUGUUUCGAUGGCAAGGUGUUUGCUGACGAUCGGGACAUCACGGUGGAGGAUGCGACCGCCGAGGAGACAUUCCCGGACGGCAAAGAUGCUGUGCCGGGAAUGUUCUCCGCGAGGUUCGAUGGCGGAGACAUAGAACACAAGUUUCGGCGUGUUCACAAGAUCCUUCAGGCGCACAACUUCCCGGUCUUGAUGGUCGACGCCGGCAUUGGUGACAACUUCGGCAAACUAACACAAAACUAUUUGAACAAGAUUGAGAAAGAAAAAGGUGUCUUGAUUUGUGUUUGCACAGCUCAUUAUGCCGAGAAGACCAGCUCGCCAUUCUCCUCUUUUCAAGAGUUACAGUUCGCGCUAGACUACAGUCUGGAUGUUCUCCCGCUGAAAGUGGCAGACGUCUACCCCCCGAAACCGCCUGGCGGUCCAAAGCACCCGCACGACCAGGAUUGCGAAGCAGAGGCCUUGAUUAAGAUGAUCUUCAGACCCAACCUCGCCUACAAAGACUGCCGCAAGCUGGAUGAGAUGGAAAUUGCCCGGCUGAUCGCAGACAAGUUGCUAAAGAAGAAGCAAGUCUCGGGACACGGAGGAGAAGGAGGAUACAUUCAGCGCUGA